AUGUCCGUAUUCCUACUGAACCAGACACCAGCCUUGACCACCAUUUCCACUUCAGAUGACGUACCUGUUAGGUCUAACCUAUAUAUGCCUUUAGUGUUGGUCCAGUACACGGAUCCGUUAAACACGUCCAUCGAUAAACAGUCACUGAACCACUGUCUCGAUUGUCUUAAUGUCUGCCGAUUACCGCCGGAUCUUCGACCGAAAGUCAAUCCCCAAACACACCGGAAGUCCGAUGUCCUCAUAGACCAGAAUUUUGGGAUCACUUCCAUCUUCGUUACACUUCCGGAUAACCGCCGAUCCGUUGGAAGCGAUAUAUUCCGACCAAACGAUAAACGAGUCAAACGGGUUGACCACCACAUGACCUGUACUCCAUGUGCGGUACUUAUGGUGGUAGUUAUGGGUCACGGGAUAAGUCGCUUCCGGUUCGUGAAUAUUAAUGACAUUAAUGUUGGUCUCGUUGUAGUAAAAGAGCAAAUCGUGGACCCAAUCGAUGGCCAGAUAAACAGCUCCACAUUAAGACAACAAUGUGUGGGUCGUAAAGGAAUUGACACUCAAUACUGUGUUUGCAACGCUACCUAUUGCGAUGACCUAGAUCCUAUUACCAAACAACCCGUUGGAACUAUAUUGUCCUUCCAGACCAGUAAAAGUGGGGACAGAUUCAAAGAAUCCCAGUUAAAAUUUGUCAAACAAAAUGACCAUGAUAAUGCUGAUCGUGUCGUACUAACCCUGGACAAAAGUAAAAAGUUCCAGAAAAUAUUUGGUAUAGGUGCUGCGUUUACGGAUGCAGCAACUAUUAAUAUUGGUAGUUUGCCCAAGGACAUGUCUGAUAGAGUUAUCAAGGACUAUUUCUCAGCAUCUGGUGUUGGUCUGAGUAUGGCUCGUAUACCUAUAGCCGGAUGCGAUUUCUCCACCCAUGAGUACACAUACGAUGAUACAAAGGAUGAUUAUUCCCUUGCACAUUUUGCUUUGCCGGAUGAGGACAUUAAAUAUAAAAUUCCGCAAAUUAACCUAGCUAAACAGGUGGCUCAACAUGGUCUUAAACUUUAUGGAAGUCCCUGGAAUACACCGCAUUGGCUCAAUGAUAAACAGUUAUUGAAAACUCAACCAGACAAACAAUACGAAACAUGGGCUAAUUACUUUGUCAAAUUCCUGGAUGAGUACAAAAAGCAUGGCAUUGAGUUAUGGGGACUGACCAUGCAAAAUGAGCCAAUGUCAUUUAGUUCAAUGAAUUUUGUAAACGCAUCCAUUGAACGUGAUUUUGUGAAAAAACACCUUGGUCCCGCAUUGACUAGGGCUGGAUAUACAAAAGACAAAAUGAACUUGAUGGUCUACGAUGAUGGCAGUGAUAAGAAUCCAAUGAUCGAGUACGUGGACACGUGUCUCAGUGACCAUGACACUGCUAAAUAUGUUACAGGCAUUGCUUUCCACUGCUACCUGGCCAAUAGGUACGAGGCAGUUGAUGCCCUCCAUAAGAAAUAUCCGGAAUUUUUCACUUUUAUGACUGAAUGUUGUUACAACUUUCACAAACCUACCGAUCCUCAAGAACGGGCCAAACUGGGGGAAUGGAGUUCGGGUCCUGGGAAUGCCAACCAAAUCAUAGAUACGUUUACCCAUUAUGUAAGCGGUUGGGUGGAGUGGAAUUUGGCCCUGAACGUGUUUGGUAACCCUAAUAAGGAUAAGAAAAUGGCGGGCGCACCCCUGAUCAUUGACGUUGAUAAGAAAGAAUAUUACAAAAAUCCCCAAUUCUAUGCCAUUGGACAUUUUAGCAAGUUUGUAGCACCCGACUCAGUUAGGGUUGAGUUGAAUUAUACGGUUGUAAUGACUAAAAAUUUUGGUUUGAACUACACAGCUCCGAACCUCGUGGAAAGCCGUCGUGACUGUAUAGCCAGGAAAGGAAAGGACAGCCCAUACUGUGUCUGUAACACCACUUAUUGCGAUGAUUUGGAUCCUAUUGUUAAGCAACCGAAGGGAACGGUAUUAUUGUUUGAGACCAACAAAAGAGGCGAUCGACUCAAACAAACUGUAUUGAAAGCCUCGACACAAAAUCUGGUGAAUCAAAAUGAAAAAGAUACAGAAACGGCUGAUGAAAGUGUUGUAUUGACUAUCGAUAAGAACACGAAAUAUCAGAAAAUCAUUGGCUUUGGCGGCGCUUUCACUGACGCGAGUGGUCUCAACCUGAAGAGUAUGCCCCAAGAGAUAGCCACAAAUGUGAUCAAGGACUAUUUCUCACACAAUGGUAUUGAGUAUAACAUGGGUCGGGUGCCAAUAGCCGGGUGCGACUUCUCUCCCCGCGCCUAUACAUACAAUGAUAAGGCGGACGAUUUCGAGCUCAACUCAUUUGCCCUACAAAUGGAAGAUUUAGAAUAUAAAUUUCCGUACAUUAAAUUGGCGAAAAAUGUAAGCGCUAGCCCAUUGAAACUGUUUGCCAGCCCCUGGUCAGCACCGGGAUGGAUGAAAACCACGGGACAUACGGGUGACGCCGGAUUUCUAGACAAGUAUAAGGAGAAUGGCAUAGAGUUCUGGGGGCUCACCAUUGAGAACGAACCGGCGGCCGGGCGUCAGGAGCACCACGACUACAACGCUAUGGGUUUUAACGCAACACUGGAACGGGAUUUUGUGAAACUGGAUUUGGGACCGGCACUCAAAAAGGCCGGGUAUGGCCGGGAUAAAAUCAAUUUAAUGCUAUUUGAUGACGCCUGGGACCUACUUGAGGACUGGGUUGACACGAGUUUUAAUGAUAAGGAAACCGCACAAUAUCUCAAUGGUAUUGCUUAUCACUGUUACGGGGGUGACCCGAAAAAAUGGACAGCCUUAGAGAAUGUUCACAGAAAACACCAGGAUCAGUUUGUCAUAUCGAGUGAGUGUUGUCAAGAAUUUAACACGCCCAAAUCAGUACCCCCGGGAACUCUUAUGCAUUUGGGCAAUUGGGGCGGUGCCGAGAGCUAUGCCCAGGAUAUUAUGAAUAAUUUAGAGCACUGGACGAGGGGUUGGGUGGAGUGGAAUCUGGCACUCGAUAUAUACGGUCACCCGAAUUGGGCCAUGUAUUCAGCGGAGGCGCCCAUUCUGGUGGACCCCAAGGCUAAGGAGUACUACAAAGACACCAAAUUCUACAUUUUGGGCCAAUACUCCAAAUUCUUGGCACCCGAUUCUGUGAGGGUUUCCAUAAAAGGCGAUAAAAGUGUCAAUAAUUUCGAGUCGGUUGCGUUUGUGAGACCCGAUAACGGGACAAUCCAAAUGUUGGUCAAUUAA